CGCCGGCACUUUUCUAUUUAUACCAUAAUCCAACAUUCUUCCUUGCUGCCUAAACUCUACUCCUGCUCAUUAAUGGAUUUUCAUUUCUGUACAAAAAAUCCCAUUAAAGUAUCAUAAGAUUCAAAGCUAGCAGCGUUGAAAUAAGAACAGGGGAUCAUGGAUCGGUUGAUCAGUUUAGAGCCGUCCAAUGUGGUUUUGAUACGGAUCGAAAAUGGGCAAAAGUGUUGCGGUGAGCUUGUUUUGAGAAACGUCAUGUAUACCAUGCCUGUGGCUUUCCGGUUGCAGCCGGUGAACAAGGCUCGGUAUAGUAUCCGUCCUCAGUCGGGGAUUAUAUCUCCGUUGACGACUGUGACCAUCGAGAUCACUUAUGAUUUCCAUCAGAAUUCAAGCCUCCCUAAGUCGCUCCCUUAUUGUGACGAUUCUUUCUUUUUGCACAGUGUGGUGGUUCCUGGUGCGGCGGUUAAGAAUCCUUCGUCGACUCAUGAUUUGGUCCCUAGUGAUUGGUUUACGGCAAGGAAGAAGCAGGUGUUUGUUGAUAGUGGUAUUAGGGUCAUGUUUGUUGGCUCGCUCGUGAUGGCUAGUCUCGUGAAGAAUGGAUGUAUGGAUGAAAUAAGGGAUGUGUUAGAGAAGGGUGAUCCGAGUUGGAGAGCUGUUGAUUCGGUUGAUGGUGAAGGUCAAACGUUGCUUCAUUUGGCAAUUGCUCAGAAUCGAGCUGACCUAGUUCAGCUACUACUUGAGUUUGGACCCGAUAUAGAGGCUCGUAACAGAUUUGGUUCGACCCCACUUGAGGCUGCAGCAUGCUCGGGUGAAGGUUUGAUUGUCGAACUCUUACUGGCUCAUCGAGCCAGCACAGACAGGUUAGAGUCAUCCAUAUGGGGUCCCAUUCACCUCGCGGCUGGAGGGGGCCAUGUAGAUGUUUUAAGGCUCCUUUUACUUAAAGGUGCUAAUGUGAACAUGCUUACAAAAGAUGGGAACACGGGUUUACACCUUGCGGUGGAGGAGAGGAGGAAGGACUGUGCCCGGCUGUUGUUGGCUAGCGGUGCACGGCACGAUAUCCGUAAUUCUGGCGAAGGUGACACUCCAUUGCAUAUAGCUGCAGCCCUUGGAGAUGACUACAUGGUCAAGCUUCUAUUGCAAAAGGGAGCUUACAAAGACAUCCGAAACCAUUCUGGGAAAAGGGCAUAUGAUUUGGCGGCCGAGCAGGGACACACAAAGCUCUUUGAUGCACUAGGCCUUGGUGACAGGCUGUGUAUAGCUGCAAGAAAAGGCGAAGUCAGAACCAUCAACAAGAUUCUUGAAAGCGGAGCUGUGAUCAACGGGCAGGACCAGCACGGAUGGACCGUUUUGCACAGAGCCGCGUUCAAGGGCCGGGAUGAUGUGGUUAGAUUUCUGAUCAAGAAAGGAGUCGAUAUCAAUGCAAGAGAUGAAGAUGGUUACACAGCCCUGCACUGUGCUGUAGAAUCUGGACAUGUUGACCUGCUCGAGCUGCUGGUUAAGAAGGGUGCAGACGUGGAAGUGAGAACCAACAAGGGUGCUACAGCAAUGCAAAUCGCGGAGUCACUAAACUACUCAGGAAUCAAAAGAGUUCUCAUCCAAGCAGGUGCCAACAAAGAUGAAUUCACACAUAUCAGCAAAAUUGCACCAGCAUUUGCAAAUAAAAGUGACAAGGAGAUAGGCUCAACGAAAAAGAGGGGUUCUCGAACAAAGGCACUUCGUGGUAGCUUUGAUCAAUCUGCUGCCCCAUUGGCUGCCAUUUGAUUAACCCACAUUUGGAUUUC